ACUCCCCACCUCCCCACCAAUACCACCUCUCCCCACCAGCACCUAUCCCCACCGCGCACAAUCCGCGUCUUCACCAACCUCGACCCACCAACCCACGCAACCCGCGCACUCGAACCACCAUCCAUCCAUCCAGCGCGAUGACGACACCCACACACGCCAUCGCGAUCGCGCGCGCCUCUCUAGCCGCAAGCCUUCUACGCGCCGACCCCGCGGCCCUAACGCGCGACGAGAUCUCGCACUUCCACUCGCUGCUGUCGACAGCGCUGUCCGUAUGCUCGCCGGGGAAUAUUCAGGUCUGUAAACGAUGGAUUGUCAAGAAUGUCGCGUCUGAGGGAAGACGGGCGGGACUCGCGAAGUUCCUCGCGGCGCUGGCGACUGCGCUUGCGGAUUCGACGACGACGACCACGGUGACGGCGACGGGGGCGGAAGAGGUGGCGGGGGUGGCGGGGAAGAGCAGGCGGGAGAGCGCGCGGAGGAAACGGCUGCACCUCCUCUACCUCGUCAACGAUCUGCUGCACCACACGAAGUUCCUUGCGCCCGACGGCGGCGCGCUCAAGACUGCGCUUGAGGGCGUGCUGAAGGGCAUGUUUGUGGCCGCGACGUAUCCAAAGGCGGCGAAGCAGCUGGCGAGGCUGGAGCGGUUGCUGGAUAUAUGGGCGAGGAAGGGGUACUACUCGCCUGCAGUGCUGGUGGAGUGGCGGACGGCGGUGCGGGAUGUUGCGGCGGAGAAGGGGGGUGAGGGGUCCGCUGCUACUCCGGCGGCGGCGGCAGAACCGCAGUCGAAACAGAAGAUGCUGCUGCUGCCGCCGUUCCACGGCGACCCGUCGCUGCCGUUCUACGAUCUGCCGGCGGGGAACCUGCUUCCGCUGAUCACGCCGAACUCCACGGCGCCGAUCAACGCGCGCCUCGUCAAGCCGGUGCAGUUCGCGUCGAUCACGCCCGAGCCGAAGUUAGUGACUGCGGUGCAGGAUUUCCUAUCGUCGAUGGACGCGAUGUUUGCGGGCAAGGAGUCGGGCGACGAGCCGGAUGCCAUCGGCGGCUUCGGCGGCAUCGAUGGUGGGGGGUACUACGGUUGGAGCCGCGCGUUCUGUGAGCAGAUGCGGCAUAAGAAGAAGUCCGCGGCGGAGAAGGACCGUGGAAGGGGCCCGCUGAAGAAGGAGGAUGACCGUGGGAGAAGAACGUCGUUCUCGAGCGAUUACUCGUCGAGAUCUAGGUCGCGGAGACGCUCGAGAUCGGUGUCUUCCGACGGCCGGACAAGGGCGCGACGGGACCGGGAUCGAUCCCGCAGCCGCUCGCCACAGCGGGAGCGCGAGCACGAACCCACGGCGCCGCAGUACCACCGCGGCUUCGCGCAAACCUCAAUGCAAUCCGUGCAAUCCAGCAUCCUCCAGCCACCCCCGCAACAGCAACAACAACAAGCACCACCACCACCCCAUCCGCAGCAACAAUGGCUCCCCCAGCAACAGCAACAACAACUCUACACUUUCCAGCAGUCGCAGCAGACUGCGCACGCGGCCUUCGCGCAAGCCCCACCACCGCCGCCGCCGCCGCCGCAAGGCUGGAUCCCGCCGCCAUUCCAGGUCCCGCCCCACAUGCAGCAGACGUUUCAGCACUUCCUUGCGCAGAUGGGCGGUGGAAUGCAGCAGAUGGGAGGUAUACAGAAUAUUCAGCAGGCUAUGCAGCAGAUGGCCACGUUCCAGCAGCAGCAGCAGCAGCAGCAGUGGCCGCAACAGCAGCAGGGGUAUUCGCAACAGCAGAUGCAGCAACAGAUACAGCAAAUGGGGCAACAGCAAAUGGGACAGCUACAGCAGCAGGGGCUGCAGAGGUAUGGAGAUGGUGGAUAUGGUAUGCAGGGUCCUCCACAUCCGCCUCCGCAACUGCAGCAGCAGCAACUUCAGCAACAGCAAAUCCAACAGGAGAGGCCUAGUAGUAGUGGUGGUGCCGGUGCCGGUGCUGCCGCUGGUAACUCGGAAGGGUACGAGGAUUACAGGUCCAUCAAGGGACGGCAGAUUGGGACCAAGAGGGGGUGGAAGACGUAGUUACAUACUUGGUUACUUGGGUACUUUUGUGUUUUGUGCGUUAUGGUGCGUUCUACAUAUGUGUAUUGUGUGUAUUUUCUGGGAGUCAUGAAUUGGAUUGGAUUGCCCCCGCCCCG